AGAUGUAUCGUCUCCAUCCUGGCGGCGAUAUAAUACUCUAUCAUCUGUCGUUUCGCGCCCAUUUGCCUUGUCCUCGUUCCCGACCGUUGAUGAUAACAAACAUUUUAAACAAUACGGUCAAGCGUCUGCGACUGAUCAACUUACUAUUCCAACACCUAACCACACUUAGCGCAACAGCAUCGCAGUUUACAAUAAGUAGGCAUUAUACAAAUAUAGUUGUUUUUUCUUUGGUUUCUUGUCCACAUAACUAAUCGUGCUCUCCGACGUCUUUAAAGAGUUCAAACUCCAAUUUCGAUCGAAUCAAUCACCGUCAAUAUAAUAUUGGCUUAAUACAAUAUGGCUAUGGCAUCUACUUCACAUGUUGAAGAAGCCGUUGUUGAUGAUCAUGAAGAAGAUGAUGGACCAUUACUUAUCUCAAAACUCGAAGGUCAAGGAAUUACUGGUGGAGAUAUUAAAAAGCUUCAAGAAGCUGGAUACCACACUAUAGAAUCUAUUGCUUUUGCAACAAAAAAACAUCUCAUUACCAUUAAAGGCAUAAGUGAAGCAAAAGCUGAUAAAAUAUUGGCUGAAGCAUCAAAAAUGGUUCCACUUGGUUUUACUUCUGCUACAAUAUUUCAUCUAAAGAGAUCUGAAAUUAUUCAAUUGACUACCGGUUCAAAAGAAUUAGACCGUUUAUUAGGUGGUGGCAUUGAAACUGGAUCAAUUACAGAAAUAUUUGGGGAGUUUAGAACUGGUAAAACACAGUUGUGCCAUACUUUGGCUGUAACUUGUCAGCUACCUAUUGGUCAAAACGGAGGAGAAGGAAAAUGUCUCUAUAUUGACACUGAAGGUACAUUCCGGCCAGAAAGAUUGCUUUCAGUAGCUGAAAGAUAUCAGUUGGUAGGAAGUGAUGUACUUGAUAAUAUUGCUUGUGCCAGAGCAUAUAAUACAGAUCACCAAACACAAUUAUUAUUGCAAGCUGGCGCUAUGAUGGCUGAAUCUAGGUAUGCAUUAUUAAUUGUGGAUAGUGCCAUGGCUUUAUAUAGAACUGAUUAUUCUGGCAGAGGUGAAUUAUCUGCCAGACAGAAUCAUUUGGCCAGAUUCCUCAGAAUGUUAUUACGUCUUGCAGAUGAGUUUGGGGUUGCAGUAGUAAUAACCAAUCAAGUAGUUGCUCAAGUGGAUGGUGCUUCUAUGUUUGCAGCAGAUCCAAAAAAACCAGUUGGUGGUAAUAUAAUGGCUCACGCAUCUACUACUAGAUUGUAUUUGCGUAAAGGCAGAGGAGAAACAAGAAUUUGCAAGAUUUAUGAUUCUCCUUGUUUACCAGAGUCUGAAGCAAUGUUUGCUAUUAAUGCUGAUGGAAUUGGAGACGCAAAAGAGUAACUGUAAUCAUUUUUUUAUUCAUUCAUAAGAAUACCACUAUUAAAAAAAUAUUCAGCUUAAACAAUUAUUUUUUAAUUAAAUUAAAAAUUGUUUUAAAGAAUUUUUUUUGACAUUUGCUAAGCUAAACAAAAAAACAAAUUGUUUAAUUUGGUUGUAUUGCGUUUUUUUAAUUAUCCUUAUGUUGACAUGUUAUUAUGUAGAAUUAUCUUUUAUAUUAAAUAUAAUUUAUCAUACAUUUA